GAGAUGCGCCAAGAACGAACCGAUCGACGGGUCUCGAUCGUUCGCUCGCGGAAGAUCUGGAGCUCACCAGCGAAACGCCCAACCAGCCUGCCACCGUACCCUGUCUCCCCGUGCCGAACCGAAGAGUGAGCGCCAGAGCGCCAGCGGUACCAGCGGUGCGAAAACACACGAGGCCCGCUGCUAUAUUACCGACCGGCCGGGUGAUGCGAGCGAUCAUUUCACUUCCGUCCAUCAAGCGGUGCAGACGCAAAGAAAGCCGUCGUCUUUAGUAACGUACGCAGCGCAGCCUCCAGCCUGAAAGGUUCGUUCGGAUUCGUUCGGUGACAGAUUCGUACGCAGUAGUGCCCAGAGUCUCGGCUGUCUCUCGACGACGCUUCCAUUUCCAUCGCCCAUCGGAGACAUCUGCUCGAUCCCGUUCUUGGCGUGCGUGUUCCCCAAAGUGCGUAUGUGCGUUUGCGUGUGUGUGUCGGUGCAUGAGAAUCGGGUCGUAUCGGUGUGCGGUGUAAGCCAGGCAGCGCAUCGCCGGGACAGGCGAGCGACAUAAUUGUGGCAUAGUGAUCACCAACCGCGCGUCGCGUUGAGUAAUCGUGGUCUCGCGUGCGUCCGUGCCAGUUUUGGUUCGUUCGCUCGUCCGUCCGCACCAGUCCAGUGUGCCAGUGUGUCCAUUACCGCGUGGUGUGCGGGUCAAACGCGUCGGUGAAUCGGUGACACAGCAUCCGGCCAGACGAGGCAGGCCCGCUUCGGAGGAGGGCAAAUUUGCAUCCAACCCCAACGGGAGAGGCAGAUCCGCGCAGAUAGCAGCAGCAGCAGCAGCAGCAGAAGCAGCAUAUUUUUGCAACAUUAGCACCAAUCCGACCGGAAUCGAUCAAGUGCAAACAAUUAUCCAUCAUGACGCAAACGAGUCGCCUGAUAGUGCUGGUCUGCCUGCUGUCCACCGUGGCGGCCAUUCCCGUCCGUCAAAGUCAGCUCCUGUCGGCGAUGCAGCGCCAGUACGAGGCCCGCGCCGCCAAGGAAGCGGGCUACCUGCAGGAGCUGGAAGCUGAGCCCACCGGACAGGAGCCAGAAAGUGGGAAGUUGCCUUCGAACGGGGAGGGCGAGCAGAGCAGCUCCGCUGACUCCAACAUUCGUGAGCCACUACUUCCCAUUACGCUACCGCUGCCGAAUCUGCGCAAGAACAAGAUGUUGGGCUACUUUGGGCUGUACUCUCCGGCGGCGCUAAGUGCGGCAGCAGCUGCGGCUUACGCUCAACCCUACGGCUAUCCGCUGUAUCACUCGAUGCUGGACUACUACGACGACUACCUGCCGGUGGACAACUAUCCCAGCCUAAACAUGCUGGCCAACAUGCAAACCUACCCGCAGAAUGUCUACGCCAACAUGGCGAACGGAAUGGGCUCGUACCAGACGAUGAGUAACCUUUCGCCGAACCUUCAGCAGCAGCUCAACAGUCUCGUACAGCAGCAGCAGCAACAGCAGCAGAUUGGACAACAGCAGCAGCAACAGCAGCAACAACAGGCCACGAACCCGCAGCUCGCCAACUUGGCUGGUUUGGAAUCGAAUGCUGCUGCGCUCGGAAGCUUCCAGAGUCUCGCCGCCAGCUUUGCGGCCGGUAAUGACAACUUCCAAUCGCUGGACGAUGAAGACAUCCUGUCCCGCCACAGCCAGGCUGGCCGCCGUCGCCCGGCAGUGAAGAACUCGCCGAUCUACUACAUCCGACUGCCCCCGACGCCGUACAUGUUCGUGCCCGGUGUUGGCUACAUCUCGCAACCCCCAACGAUCCAGCCGAUGGCCGCACCGGUCCCACAGUAUCCGCAGCUCGCACCACCACCGCCAGUGACGAUGAGUCCGUUCUACCAGCUGCCCAUUAACUUCGUGUCGAACGGCAAACCCUCCGGCAUUUACCAGUGGAACGGUGCGCCGGCUGCUCCGGCGGUACCACCGCAGCCAACCUUUGCCCUGCCGUACCCGCGCCCACAGCGACCCGCCUUCGCACCGUCACCGUUCAUCCAGGACUCGAAGAUUACGCACCUGAAGGGUCCGUUCCUGUUCAACGGCCGGCCGGAGGAGAUUUUCCUGCUGCAAAACAGCUUCAACCCGCUCUACCAGAGUCCACUGAACUCGUACUAUUAAUGAGAGUGCGACCGGAGAGUGCAGGUGGACCAGCGCGAAAGACUCACAUCCGCCAUGGGGACUUAGGGGGAGUGUCCGGGAUGGUUAUAGCAAACGCAUUUGGCAAUGAAGGGCCAGCUUAGCGGCAUUACUGCAAUAUCACGAUUAUCAUGCAAAACUUUACACAAACACAUUCACACAUACACAAUACAACACUGCGAUCGAUACUGCGAACGAUCGGAACUGAUCGAGGUGGGUGGCCCCCCUUGCGAUAACACAUACAUACUAUUGUUCGAUUAGGCUUAGUGUGGAUUAGCCACUUAAGGCAGCAAAAAGUAAAAUACUAGACAUAGACUAAGCGUCGCUAGACACUUUCGGUACCGGUACCAUUCGGUUACCCGGCACACUAGAGGAUGCUUGUGGUGUAAAAUGACUUACUUGGAGAAACGUUUCAUCGAUGGGAGAGAAGCUUUUUGCUGCAUCCUUACUUACCAGUGAUGCAAACAAUCAUUUUUUAGCUAACCACUUUCGAGGUGCUAAGCAUCGAAAUCUAGCUAAAAGGGGGAUUCGCGGGAGACGUAUUGCCAUCUUCCCGCGCGAAGGCCUCCAUCGAUGGAACGUUUCUUCGACACGACGGUAUUUAUCAGUAAUGUAACGAGAACGAGAAGCGAAAUGAAUGCAAAACAAUACUCGUACUUGGAUCGUCAAACGACUAGACAGCAAUCGGGACUAGUGAUUUAGCGGAGGGUUAAGUAAAUUUGAUUUAAAGAAGUAAAAUUAAAAUUAAACAUAAAUAAAAAGCACAACGCCAACAAAUGGAGAAAGCAUUCGGCGUACGAAUUUGAUUGUUUUGAGAAAGAAAUGUGUCCUGCAAAGAGGUUUUGGUAAGAUUGGAUUGUAAAAGCAAAGAUUGGUACACCACAACGCAUACAGCUCAGGUGGAAUACAGUGGAAUCAGUGGCGGAUUAACACGAAGGGAGGCCCUAAGCGGUCACACGAAUGUAGGCCUUUGUGAAGUUGUGGUGGAAAAAGGUUUCUUUCCUUCUAACUUCAAAUAACGACACCGAUUUAGGAAUACAACCAGGCGCUACAAAGUGUUGAGCGAGCAAUUGUAAAAGGAUUACUAGAGAAGGAUUAAAAACUAAAUUUACUUAUGAGCGGGGUCCCUUUUUCGGGGCUCCUACAAACCUCGGGGUCCCACGCGGCCGCUUAUUUUGUGCAGUGCUUAAUCUGCCCGUGAAUGAAACGCUGUUUAUCCGGGCUUAUCGACACUCGACCUCGCCCGGAGAUUAGAAUAACAAGGACAAUGGGUUCCUAUGAUUUAUU